GGCCUUGCAGCUGAACCCCUUGUGAUUACCUGCUGACCUGCAAGUCCUAUAUCACUCAAAAAUUCAAUCACUUGUCACUUGGACAGGUUUUAUAUUUUAUAUACGGACUGUGUAUUCUGAGAUGGCACCAACUAGCGACCCGAGGACAUUCCUAAGCCUGGUCAGUUCUCUCAUUGUCAAGCAUACGGACAAGGCCAGACUGGACACUGAGCAAUGGAAAGAGGAGAAUAUGAAGAUGGUGGAAGUAGGUGACGGUAACCUGAACACAAUUUUGAAAAUCUCACUGAAAGAUGAUUCUCAAACUGUUAUCAUCAAACAUUCUCCACCGUACAUCAAGGUUCUAGGCCCGGAUUAUCCUCUCUCCGUGGAAAGAUUACGCAUGGAAUACAAGGCACUUACCAGGUUUAAUAAACUGGCCGUUGGAUGGGUACCCGAAGUCUACUUUUUUGAUGAGGAACAUAGUAUCAUGUGUAUGGAGUAUUUAGAGGGAUUCAGUGUUCUGAAGAAGACUAUCAUAAGAGGAGAAUUCCACCCGGAUGUGGCCCGUCACUUAGGUAUCUUCAUGGCGGCAAUCCAUGGUGCUACUCACAGUGCUAAACUCACUCAGAACGACCUGCAGAAGUUGAGCCAGGAAUUCCAGAACCCUGGACCCGUGAAACUUACGGAGCAGUUUGUCUUUACCCGACCAUUCACUGCAGACGAUGACACUAAUGUUAAUCCUGACAUCAUUAAACCUCAUCUACCUUUGGUGUAUGACAAUCCCAACAUACUGGCAGCCGCUAGAGAGAUGAAGUCGUUAUUCUUGGAGAAGAAGGAAUGUCUGGUGCAUGGUGACCUCCAUACGGGUUCUGUCAUGGUCAACCAGUCACUGGCAAAGGUGAUCGACGCCGAAUUCGCUUAUGUAGGCCCGGCAGCCUUUGACGUAGGAUCGCUGGUAGCUCACUAUUUGAUGGCGUAUUUUUGUCAUAUGUCCAUAGCGGACAAUCACGAUGUACACAGAGCUUUUGCACAGACUAUGGCUGACGCGUGUCGGCAUACAGCUGAUGCCUACUUUGAACAUCUGGAUGUGUUUACUGGGCAAACCAAAGCACAGUAUCAGGAGACUUUCAUGACUGAAGUGGCGGGUUUUGCAGGAUGUGAGAUCUUGCGCAGAAUCAUCGGUGCCGGACAGAUUGAGGAUUUUAGAGCCUCUGGGGUCAGUCCACUGGCUAUGGAAGACGCUUUCCAGGCUGGAGUCGGCUUCUGGAGGCUUACAAACGAAUCCAUUCUAUAGACAAACUAACAGUUAUUGCUCUCAUGCUGGUGUAACUGAUAUUGCAACUGAUUAUGCGAUCUAAUCAUGUUUCGUUCGGGUCAAUAUCGGAUAUGUCAGUAUGAAAUACAGCAUGCUCUUCGAGACAAACAGUUUUUGAGAGUGUUUGAAAAUUCUUAUAUUACAUUAAAGAUAUAGAUAUAUCAAAGCGAUCUUCACUUCGAGAGAUCUUGCGAUUAUCUGUGAGCACUUGAAACUUUUUUUGUCUCAUAAUGAAGGGGCCUCCGUGGCCGAAGGGGUUAGCACGCCAUUGACCCGGGGGCCUCCCACCCAUGCAGUCGUGUGAGUUCAAGUCCAUUUUGUCCUGGCUGCCUGUCCGGCCGUACGUGGAAAGGUCUGUCGGCAAUCUGCGGAUGGUCGUGGGUUUCCUCCCACCAUAAUGCUGGUCGCUGUCGUAUAGUGAAAUAUUCUUGAGUACAUCGUGA